AUGAGGCACUCAAAACGACUACCGUACGGCGCUGUAGCAGUCGAGGAAAAUCACUCAAGUUCAAGGUCAUCCUCAGAAUUUCAAGAUUAUACCACUAUUGAGUUUCCCGAAGUUGACGAGCAGAAGCCCCAACCGCAGCUUCUCAAGCGCUCACAGUUGGAUAGAAUUUUUCGUUUGCUAUGGGACAUGAUUCUUGCGAUUGUAGCGUUUCUCUUUGCCCUGUUCGGUAUUUUGGUUUCUUGGAUGGAUGGAAAACCGGCCGGUCCAGAAUCUGUAGGCUCUAAACUCUUCGAAGUCUCUCGAUUUGUUAGCUUCCCCUGCUCCGACACUCGCCCUCCUCAAUUAUCGUCAAAUCUCGCUGACAUCCUAUUUCCACCUGAAGGCACCCACUGUAUUCCCAGUUCUUUUUGCUGCUAUUGCCGGGAGCAGCAUCAAAAGUCUCGCAUCGUGGCGCAUUCAAACCACCGGAGGAGCAACGAUCGGGCUAGUAGAGCAGUGCCUUGGCAGCCAGACCAUUACAGGAGCCUUUCUCACUCAGAUUAG